UUUUUGUUGCCCGUAUUGUUGGUUGAGUUGGAUAUCUAUGUUUCAAUAAUCUAAGACUGAAAUGAUAAGGAGUACCAUGAUAUUUUUCCGAGUGGAUAUGCUUUAGUUCACCCAACGGCCUACAAAUGGCAAGUUCAUAGUGUUGCUUUGAGAUUAUAUGCAGCGAAGCCCAACUUGGAUAUCUAUGUCUCUUUAGUCUAUGCCUAAAUCUUCUGGUGUCUUUUUACUCAUCAUGGCGUCCGACGCUGAAAACGGGGAAAUCUUUGCUGAAUAUGUAGUAGAUGAAGAAAUCAUAGAGCUAUUAAAAUCAUUCAACGUAAGUGCUGAGGGUAUAGAAAAAUUUAUCACCAACGGUUACGACGUGGAAUCUUUAAAAAUAAUUGAACGAGAAGAAGUUGAAGCUGUGCUGCAGUCGCCUCUGUUGGCUGAGAGAACAAAAUGUCUCGAUGGUUUGAACAAAUGGCGUAUUGCACUAGGACUGUGUCCAGUUACUACUCCUUUAAAAAGCACGAAUUCGUCUAACAUAAAUAACCCUGAUUCUCUCAAAACCGAGUUGAGAAAUCUGCCCCGUAACCAAUGGACAGCACUAUCUUUGAUUAAGAGAUCCAAGAAAGGAAGGUACAUACUGGAAAACUUCAAUUCGACAAAAGUUUUAUCGAGAACGGACCGCAAAUUUAUCACACAUCUCAUUAUUGAUGAAUUUGUUGAUGAAUUCGGGAAGCUGAAACAGGAGGAGUUGACAUUACAAUCAGAAGAAUUAAAACAUAUUUUUCCGUCGGUUGAUCAGUACGUGUGGUAUCAACCAAGAAUUAAGGUCGGUGAGAACGGCAAGAAAAUCAAAAUUAGCAAUACUGCAAAAGGUUGCCUAUACGACCGUAAUCACAAUUAUAAGCAAGUUCCGAAAUCCGCCGCACCAUCGCCAGCCCUAGAUUUACCGUCAUCAAGCAGUACCCAACCGUUUGUUGAUCUAUUCACAGAAGAAGCAGUGAUCAAAUAUCAGGCCACAAAAAUUUGGUUCCGACAUCACCACGGCGAGUGGGACGAUGUAAAAAAGCGGUGGGAGGAAACUAGUGCUUUUCGUUUGCACGAAAUCAGCCGGCUGGAAUCGGUCACUUACCAGAAGCUACUGGAUGAAUACCCGGUGCUGCGAAAUAGCAUUGGCUAUCAGUUGGUAAAACUGGAUUUCGGUUUCAAGUAUCCAACAAAAAGUUACCUACUAUUCUGCAUUUUCGCGUUGUUUCGCUCACGAGCUAAAAGCAUUUUCCCAAAGAUGACUAGAACAAGAUACCUGACUCUUGCAGAAUUCAUCGGACAUGAUUGUCGCUGCGCGUGAGCAAAAGUCGAACUAAUUUAUACUCUGUUAAUAUGAUGUAUACUUAACGUCAAAAUCAACUGACUACAACGCCAAGACAUGACUGCUGAAAGGUGAAACAAUUUUUUCAGUAUCCAUGUGGACGACUGUACGGUACUCCCAUACGAAAAAUGAUGAUAAUGUGUACGAAUGCUUAGUUCUCAAACAUGAAGCUUUCCGGAAGAAUCAAGAAUUAUCGGCGCAUCAUUUAAAAUUAAGCGUACCAUCAGAAAUUUUCUGAUAACCGCUAUGAGCACGCUCUACAGCCAAGUUUUUCACUCUUGCCGAGGUUAAUAAAGCAAAAAUCGGGUACCCCGGUGAACCUGACUAUAUGCACAAUGGUUCUGAAACCUGGCUUGCGACAUAUCAAACUUUAAGUUCUGGUAGAAUGGGACCUGAAAAUAAAUAUAACUCCUCAAUAUAAACCCCCACUCUGACAGUCAAUUUCACACUUUUCUUUUCGUACUUUGAAGUGCCAAAAAUAUGGCAAUAGCAUUAAGCGCAAAAAUGACAAUAUCAUUAAUCUGCAUUUUAUCUUAAGCGUCAAGCCGACCAAACUGCUACACCUUUUUCAUAUACAAACUUGAACAGCUCAACGAUCGAUGACGGACUAUGCACGAUAAAUCGGUUUUGCUCAUAGUGACAAUUUUAUGAGAAUUUAAGUCAUAAGAUGGCAGCACUAACCGUCGGAAAUCGGUCGUGCUCAAAAUGUAUGAAAAAUAUGGAUGUUAGGUAUCUUGUCCAGGUUAUCUUUGAUUUUCCGCAACGAGGUGCCCAAGCAAAUGAAACCACUUUUGGUAUUACUGUUAAACGAAGAGCUAUCGGAAGGUUUUUAUUUAUCCAUAUUUGAAAAAUGUUUUACACUAGAGAGAAGCCAGAUUUAAUUACUAUCCUGUGAAAAAUGUAAAAAUAUAUAAAGAAAGAAUUUCUGUUUCUAUUUGUAGAUUCCAGAGAUUGCAUCAGCAUAUUGCUCCUGCUGUCAAUUUGGCUAAGUUCAUUUACAGGUCUUCCUAACGGGAGGAGAUGGAAGCCGUCGCUGCAAGAAAGUCUUGAAAGUAGUAUUGUGCACUUAAGGACGCUGGCCGAUUAUGAAACAGAACUUUCCAGGAUUAGUAAACAAAAUCGUGACCGCAAGCUACCAGACUAUUCCGUGGUGGUAGUAGUUGGUGAUACAAUAAGUUGUGUCAACCAGUUUUUCGUUAACUAUAUUGACAUUUCCUACAAGGCGGAGACCUUCCUGAAAGCACUCGACACUACGUUUAAAAUCUACAAGGCCUACAAUAUAGAAUUCCAUGGACCGUUGGCUUCACUGGGGAAAUUUAUAUUUUUUUUUUAUUCUCGCUUAUUUUCCGUCGGUCUAGUUCCGCCACUGUUGUGGCCAAUCACCGACGCCCAGGGAGGCGACUCCACACCCAGGACCCUAACUCACGACCCGUUUAUUAACGGACCGGCGCCAACGGCUUUACUUCCUCAUGCGAUGGAAGGCGUGAUCCCAGAGAUUUUUCGUCUCAGAAAAUCUCCCGGUGUCGGCUAGGAUUGAAUCUAGACCAGUUGGGUUGGUUGUGAGUGGAUCACGCCACCUCACAACCAUCGACACCUAUGUCGGCGGUGGAAUUCGAACCCAGGCGUCGAGCGUGGUUGGCGGAGACGUUACCAACCACACUAGACCCCCGCUCUGAUCACUGAGAGAAAAUUUAAGAAAUGUUGAAGACGAUCAAUUUAUAUCAGUAUAUAAGGCUCACGAAACACAAAAAUCUCUAGACAUAAGGAAAAUAACAUCAGAAUUUAGUCGCUUAAGCAUUGGUUUAAACCUAAAGUGGUUGAAUAAGGAUACUGUCCCUCGAAAUUUAGUAUUUCAGUUUCAAAGUGAUGUGCGAUCCACUUUAUUGAAUCCCAUUAAUGAAAUUAUAACGGAAAUGACUGAUACUGGUUUAAUUUCACGGGAUGGUAGUUUCGUACUCAAAUCAGUCUUUUCAGCGAUCGAUACUUCACAAACCGAGUAGAAAUUCAUACGAGAUCUAAAACGAUUAGGAUUAUACGAAGAUCCAGUGUAUUUCAAUAUAAGUAGCGAAUUAAAACCAACUGUAGUUAAUCAAAAUUUUGAAAUGGUCGAAGACGAUGUGAAAGGAGUUUUGAUGCCAAUGAAAUUCCAGUUACGGAGAUACUUAGAAUCGGAAGAUUUAUUGGAUAUAUUGAUCGAUUUUUAGAGCCAUCUAACGAUGAAAUAAUUAGAUCUCUAAUUGAUGGUACCAUUUGGAAAGACAAAUUAAGAGGGCAUGAAAGUAAGUUGAACGUACCGAUCAAUAUUUUUUUUUGAUGAUUUUACGACCAGUGACACGGUUUCUCCGCAUGCCAGAAGCACUAAAGUGUGCGGCAUUUAUUACUACAUACCUUGUUUACCGCCAUUUGUAUUGUCACGACUUGUAAAUAUUCUCACGGCCCGAUAUAUCAUGUCUGAAGAUAGAAAACAUUUUGGAAAUUAGCAAACUCUUUAUCAACUCGUUGAGAUUUUGAGUGAUCUAGAAAACAUUGGAAUUUCUGUAAAAUACAAAGGUAGUGAGAUAACGGUUUUUUUAAAAGUAGGUUUUAUUACAGGAGAUAACUUAGGAUUGAGCGAAAUUUUGAAUUUAGUAGAAUCUCCUACAGCGAAUUAUUAUUGUCGCAUGUGCAUACGAAUCAGGAAAGAGAGAGAACAGGACUGUAUUGAAUACGAAGAUCCACUCAGAUCUACAGAGAUGUACGAAGAACACUUAGAGAUGAAUGACGUGUCAAGGACAGGUAUUAAAGGAAAUUGUAAUUUAAAUCGCAUACCUUCUUUCAACGUAGCUUCAAAUAUUUACUUUGAUGUGAUGCACGACGUGCCUGACUGAAGGCAUAUUUAUCUACGGUUUAUCUCAUUGCCUGCAUUAUUUUGUAAAUCAGAAAUAUUUUACUUUAGAUGAUCUUAACUGUCGGAAAAAUCUUUUCGUUUACGGUAAUUUGAAUUCAUCCAAUAUUCCGGCCGAUAUCAAAGACACAAAUCUAGUUAAUCAAAAAAUACGAAUGACUGCUAAUGAAAUUAUUACGUUAAUGCGUUUUUUAUCGUUAUUAAUUGGCAAACUAGUUCCAAGUGGAGAUCCAGUAUGGAUUUAUUUCUGUAGCUUACUUAAGAUUUUUGCUUUAGUUUUAAUGCAAGAUUUUCCAAUAAGUCUAAUUCAGGAGCUUAAAGACAUAGUCGAGGUUCACUAUAAGCAGUACGUCAUUUUGUUCAAAGAUACAUUGAAACCCAAGCACCAUAAUUUGGUUCAUUACGCCACAGCAAUAAUCAAAUCUGGUAGUUUACGUCGACAAUGGGAAAUGAGAUGCGAGGCCAAGCAUAAACAAGCAAAGCAGUAUACAAGAGCAAAUUAUAACAAACGUAAUAUUUGCAGUUCUUUAAUUACUAAAGCUAGUUUUAAAUUUGCCAAUGACAUUUUUCAAAGUUCUUUUGUAUCACCAUUCUUUGAGGUUAAAAAAGAGAACAUACUUGGCUCUAAAAUUCCAGAUGAGUAUAAAACUCUUUUAAAAUAUCAAGAAUGUGACAGACUGAGAAACAUUUACCAAAUUGAAUCAAUACUUAUGAAUAAAAAGAAAGAGAUAGUUCUACAAUGUUACGCAUAUAUUUCCGUUCAAUUCGAUGAACAUCUGCAAUCAUACGAACUGAAGCGUACUAGUAAUCUCAGCGUUGUUUAUAAUAUUUCUAAGUUAGAUUCGAAGCCUAUUAACAUACAUUUUGUUAAUGAAAAACCGCAUUUCCGAAUGUGUAACUUUUUUGAACUGAAUAGUUUUAUUAUUGGAUCAAUGGAUAUGUAACUUGUAAGCAUUGUAGAAUCAGUAACUGUUGGAACGAAGAACAUGUUAAAAUAAUUGUUAGUAAUAAAAUUUUUGU